AUGGUUGUCAAUCCAGAAGCACCACGCAGUUCGCAGCCCCCAGCUGGUCACCCCCGCCGGUCUGGCGGGCCCGCUCAUUGCUGUACCCGGAGCUGCACUGGCAUAGGCCGAGCCCCGGAAAUUUUCGUCAAAGGCGUUACAGACGGCCUCAAUCGUUACUGCAAUACAGUCCUGGGAAAUCUUACCGCAUCGCUAACUGAAAAGUCCAGCGCAACGGUCAUCUGUGACGACUGCUAUUUGCUUUCUUUGUACAAUGAGGCGCUAUUCGAGUAUGGAGAUGGGCCACUGGUCCGUUCUAGCAGUCUGUUCCAAAGUUACACCUCCCACUGUUCGUAUACAGGUUACACCCUGCCGCCGACUACUACCACCACUUUACUGUCAUCAUAUAUUGCCACCUCUGCCUCCGCAACAGCAACCACAGCCGGUUGUAGCGGGCUUUCCUAUGCCAUCCAGUCUGGGGACACGUGCACAUCUAUCAGUCUUUCUGAGGGAAUCGGCACCACUUGGUUACUAAUAGAUAACAAUCUUCCGGCUUAUUGUGCGGACUUCCCAGCUGACGGUACCCUUUGUCUGAUUAAUACAUGUGAAGUAUACACUGUACGGUCAGGAGAUACUUGUGACAGUGUUGCUGCUGCACAUAAUCUAACCGGGGUCCAGCUGCAAGCUUAUAACCCUAACAUCGACAGCGGCUGCUAUAACUUCGACCUGACUAUUUGGUAUCAAAUAUGCGUGAACGAGCCGGGACAAAAGUACACCAUACCAUCUACAACAGUUGGCGCGGCUACAGUCUUUUCCACGGCUGCCGCCGUGCCUACCGACAUUGCUUAUAGUACCACCCAAAAUUGCGGCAAAUAUUAUUUGGUCGCCGCUGGCGAUGAUUGUGAUGUAAUCACAUUGACCUUCGGUAUUUUUCUCGCAGAUUUCCGGGUCCUCAAUCCAGAGAUAAAUGUAAAUUGUACCAAGCUGGAUGCGGAAGAGAGUUACUGCGUCGCUCCAGUAGGCAGCAGAUGCUAUAUAUACGCUGACGGGUCUGAUCUCAAGUACAACAUGACUGGAGUAAGCGACUGUCUCGCCGCAUCGGUUUUCUGGGCAUUCAACCUCACCACGGACCUGUCGGUCUGGAAUCCCUCCAUCGUGAACACCACGGCGAAUAAUUGCACAUUUGACGACAGCUAUAGAUAUUGUGUAAUAGCAGACGGCCCCAUCUCCACGGGUGACAUCAUAACGGAGACAUACACUUUGACGGAGUACUCUUCAACCCCGAUAAGUGAACCUUUAGCCACAAUCACAGGCAUAACAACGCCGAUCUCGCCGGCCACCGGGGGCCCGGUAAGCACCAGUCCCACGGCUACCACAGUCACCAUCACUUCUUCCUCGUCUUCUUCCGUGGCAGUACCAUCGCCAACCCAAGCCGGAAGUAUCUCCCGCAACUGCAACCGUUACGCCGAGGCCCUCAGCGGCGACAACUGUACCCUCUUCGCGGCCAACAACAAUAUCACCCCGGACGAACUGUACAACUGGAACUCUGUGCUAGGUGCCAAUGGCGCAAGCUUCAGCACUGCCCUUCAGGCCAACGUUUGGUACUGCGUGGGCGUCGCGAUCCCGUCCCCCAUCCUGGACAACAACGCCAUUCCCGGGAAUUGCGACCUCUAUGCCGCGGCUGUGAUUGGGGAGUACUGCAGCGUUUUUGCGACGGAGCACGGUAUCAUGGCUGCGGAGCUAUACGCAUGGAAUCUGGUGCUCGGGACCGAUGGUGCGGACUGUGGCACUGAGUUUCAGGUAAAUGUGUAUUAUUGUAUCGGUGUCAAUGGAGCAGCGGUCUUGACGAGUUAG